UUGAUUGUUAAAUGAGUGCCAACGCCCAAGCAGCAUCUGAGCCAGAAGCCGAUCGACCAUGGCUGUAGAUACAACAAUUGUGUCCGCUCCGGGAAAGGUACUCUUGACAGGAGGGUACCUCGUGCUUGAUCAACGGUAUAAGGGAUUGGUCGUAGCGACAGACUCGCGGUUCUAUGUUGCUAUACGCCAAAGGAGCAAGCAAGACUCUCCUUUCCCGACCAUCACCGUAAGGUCACCACAAUUUACGGAUGGACGCUGGACCUAUCUCGUAAAGUCCCGCGAAGAUGGAAGCGGAAUCGAACUGACUUCUAUCGAUCAUGACACAGAAAAUAGAUAUGUUGAAUGCACGCUGAGCCAUACGUUAGAGGUUGUUGCGGGGCUGGUGCCUAAUUGGAAAACCAAGAUGUCAGCUGGAAUGGAUAUUGUCAUUGUUGGAAGUAAUGACUUUUAUUCGCAAAGGGAGCAGCUUAGGAGCCGGGGCCUGCCCUUGACGAGUGCUUCUCUUUCAUCCCUACCGCCGUUCUGUAGCACGCUUUGCAGUAUACGUGACGUUCAUAAAACCGGGCUGGGUUCAUCGGCUGCCAUGAUUACAUCUCUGGUUGGAGGGAUUCUUAGUCACUUUGGUGCCAUACAGCUCCCUGCUGCUUCUAUAUCAAUGACCGGAAACUCGAAUAAGAUUUCCGAGGUUGAGCGGUACGCCUUGUCGCUCGCCCAUAAUUGCGCACAACUGUGCCACUGCCUCGCUCAGGGCAAAAUCGGGAGCGGCUUUGAUGUCAGCGCUGCAGUGUUUGGGAACCAUUCGUACCGAAGGUUUUCGCCAACAGUCCUGGAUCCAUUGAUGGAACAUAAAAAUGCGUCCCCAUCAUCAAGACUUAGAGACCUGGUCGAUACAAUUGACCCUAAGCGAUCACAUAGCUGGGACAAUGAAGUGAGUCAGUUCCACUUGCCGCCCAAUUUCACUCUGAUGCUGGCAGACAUCGACGCUGGGAGCAGCACGUACAAACUCGUUUCAGAGGUUCUUAGAUGGCGACGAACGCACACUGACGAGGCGGAUGCCUUAUGGACGAAGCUUGAUCUUGAAAAUGCACGCAUCGAGCAGUGCAUGCGUGAUUUAAGCCGAAUUGCAGAGCACCAGAAGGCGGGGUAUGAAUCUGUACUUUCGAUGUGCGCAGAAGUUAAGGCAUCGUUGUGGUCCAAUCUUGAUGUCAAUGACGACCUUGUAGACGUUAAGAACAUCUUCAGUACGGUCUAUGAAACAUUUCAGAAUGUACGAAAGUACCUGCGAGAGAUGUCUGUGAAAGCGGGCGUGCCAAUAGAACCUCCAGAGCAAACGCGACUGCUAGAUGCGUGCCUUGACGUUCCUGGAGUCGUAAUGGCAGGCGUACCUGGAGCUGGUGGGUACGAUGCAAUUUUCUGCUUGGUCAUCUCCGAAACGGCGCGGCAUGAAGUGCGACAGCUGUGGAGUACUUGGACGGAAAUGGCGGUUGGGCCAUUAUUGACUCAGCAUAGUAGUACAGGACUGGUUAGAAUAGAUAGACCAGGAGAUAUUCCUGGCUUAGAGAAAGCAAUGUGUACAUUCGAAUGAAAAACUAGAGUGUGGUGGGCA